AUGUAUCACCUUUUCAAGUCCAUAUAUCUCCAUGCCACGAGUAAGGAAGAGUACUCGGUUCUUCUCCUCGGUCUCGACAAUGCCGGCAAGACAACGCUGCUUGAGCAGAUAAAAGGCACCUACACGCCUUCCCACCCCAACCUCAAAACUGUCCCGACGGUCGGACAGAAUGUUGCUACCAUCGCGCUUCCUCCUCCAAAUCCACCAAUAUACCUCAAGAUAUGGGAUGUUGGUGGCCAACACAGCCUUCGUGGGCUGUGGCAAUCCUACUACAGUAGCUGCCAUGCUAUCGUCUUCGUCAUAGACAGCAGCGAUGUCGGCAAUGCUACUCUUGCUGAUAUGAGCGCGAACAAUGCAGCAAGCAUAGAGGAUAUCGGGCGCCUGGACGAGUGCAAGAUGGUUCUAGAGAGCGUCUUGGCCAACGAAGAUGCUAGCGGCGUUCCCAUUCUAAUACUCGCCAAUAAACAAGAUCGUGAAGAUUGUGUCGAAGUAGUCCGGAUCAAAGAAGGCUUUGUGAGGAGAGUGUUCGAGGGAGAAAAGGGUGGCAAUGUGAGGGACAGCAGAGUACUCCCGUGCAGUGCUCUCACAGGAACUGGCGUGCAGGAGGCGGUCGAAUGGUUAUGCAGCAGGAUGGCUUUCAACAAGGAGGCAAGACCACCGGUUAUGAGGUAG